GAAGUCCUUUCAAACGGUUUCCCACAAAUAAACGGUUCUAGCCCUGGUGCAAUACUGGAUCAGCCUAAAAAUACCUUCGAAUCGACCACCAAUGGAGUCCAUUUUCCUUCCACGCAAAUGCCCUCUGGAAGCUCAUCGAUUGUCAAUUUGCACGACUCGAGUGACGAAGCCGAGACUGGACGAGAAACAACUGCACGCGUUCGAUUCAAUGCUGAGGAUGGUCCAGCAAAGCAUGCCAACGAUGUUCGGGAGUAUCCCAAGACACGGCAUCCAAUACACCUUAAGAAAGGACUCGACGGGGAAAUUGUGCACAAAACCAAUGACAAUUCUCCCCACAUACCAUCCAACGUACGCGAUCUCCAUCCGAACGCCGAUCAGAACACCUCUCAUAACGCCAAUGUACCCCUCUAUAUUAGGAAACAGGAUACGCCAAAGCGUGCCCUUGGGGGAGUUGGCUCUGCUACGGAUACUUCUUCUCUCUAUACUAAUACGCAAGGAAGCGACUAUGCAGGCAGCCUCAGUUCUGAUCUCACUUCACCUGUUUCGCCUACAAGUUCAGCUGGAAUUGACGAUCUCCUGUCGACGAAUGUAUCUACGUCAAAUUCUGGGCGUGGACGUCAUAAUGGCAAUGACAAUGGUGGUCCCGGUGUGACGUUUGCUGAAUCACCUUUGGAGGGUCCUGGAUCCCAUGCUAGUCGUGCUGAUCGGGAAAAGGAUGAUGAAGAGGAGUAUAGCAGUGGAGGUGAGGAGAUUGAUACGAUUACCAAGUCUGUGGCCUUUGGAGAUGACGUGAAAGACAAUGAGGAUAAUGGAAACCAGAAGUUGAUUCGUCGCGAUACUCCACACUAUACUAAGCGUGCUCGUAUUCACACGUCGGGCUGCUGCGUUCACCAACUUGUUGUAAUGUGUAGCAAGGUCCUUUUAGCGGUGAAUAAUGAAGAAGCAGUCAUCAAGCUCCUUAAGAAGUGCUGCGAUCCAAACGUGGUUAAUUCCUUUGCGGAAGGCAUUCCUCCUGAUAGUACAAGGUCAACUGAUAGUCUUCUAACAGCAGGGUCUAAAAAUGCCCAAGCAUCUCAUACAACGCCUUCUAACGCCACCCCCGGCAGUACCUCCCCCUCUCUACUUGCGCAAUCCGCAGCCAACGUCCAGCAAACUCUUGUCUCCCAAUCAGUAUCACCACCGAAAACAGAACAGGUUACUCUGCAUAUAACCCUCGAGAGGGAACCUGGAGGAGGUCUGGGCUUGAGUAUUGCUGGAGGAGUGGGCUCGGUACCAUUUCGUGGCUUGGAUCAAGGCAUCUUUGUUAGUCGCCUUGCUCCUGGGGGGUUGGCAGAGACGUCGGGGCUGAAAGUUGGGGAUAAGUUGCUAGAGGUGAACGGCGUGAGUAUGGUUAACGUUGAGCACCAAGUGGCUGUGAGCGCUCUUCGCACAGACGCCACACGAUUCAAGCUCUUGCUCUGUCGCGAAGUGCCCGUUGUCACCCAUGCGCCUCCUCACUCAUCUCAUACAAUCAAUGUGGAAUCCACCAAUGACGAUCGAUCGGCAAAAGCCUUCCCCCUUCAACCGACAUAUCUUGCGGAUCCUCAGAGAGCGCAUAAUUUGCCUUCCAGUCUACUCAAUACCACUUCUCUUGGAAGGCUUAUACCCAGUUCUACUCUUCCCUUUGCUCAAGCUGCACCUACGGCUAUGCAACUAAUAAAAUGCACACUCCAUCGUGAUUGGAGCGGACUUGGUUUCAGCAUUGCCGGGGGUCGUGGUGUUUUGGGUCCUCAAGCUGAUGCGUCGACUAUUUACAUUAGCCGAAUUGUUGAAGGCGGUGCCGCUGAUAAAACUGGACAACUUCGAGUUGGAGAUCAAUUGUAUAAGCCAGAUGUGCAUAUUGACCUCUAUUUCCAUGGAACUAAAGAAUCAAACGAGACCGGCCGUAAUCUGACACACUCUCCUUCACUUACUUCCGAUGGGCCCCAGUUUCUACGCAAAGAAGCCGGUCUCGAUGUCUACCGAGUGAACUUGAAGCACCGACCGGGUAAAAAUCUUGGACUGCGCAUCUGUGGUGGCUGUGAUUCCUCAUCUCUACCUUUCGGUGGCGAGACUCCCGGUAUCUUUAUCUGCCGAGUUCAAGAAGGUGGUGAGGCCCAGGAAGCAGGUCUUCGCGUUGGUGAUCGUCUACUGAGCGUGAAUGGUCGUGAUUUGCGUCGAGUGAAUCACGACGAAGCUGUCUCCGCUCUCAUGCCCUCCGGUCUCAGUGAGGAGUCCCUACUACUUGAAGUUCGACGUGAUCCCUUGCCUCCUGGCCUUCGUGAGCUUAUCAUUUCCUGCCCUGAAGAUGAGCCCCUUGGUUUGAGUCUUAUGAGUCGACGCUCCAUGCUUCCAUCGCCAAUAAUGCCAACUACAUCGGACAAAACCGACCAAGAAGCCGAGGAUGGAAAGGAGGGUAUAUUUGUGCACCAGAUUGCACCCAGCAGUUCUAUUGCUCGUGAUGGAAAACUGAAACCCGGCGACCAAAUCCUGGUGGCCAAUUCUGAAUGGUUGAUGAGUUUGGAACCUCAGGAAAUUAUUGAGGUUGUCCAACCGCAGGAAGGGAAACUGCUCUUAACCAUUUGCGAUGGAAUUGACCCCUCGAGUUUAAUCGAAAAGGUCUCAUCUCACAGACAGGCAACUUUUAGCAAUAUUUCUUGCCAAAUUAUCGAUUGCAAUGGCAGUGAGUCAGACCAAGCUAAAUCUAUCAAGACAUCUUAUCUUGGCCGCAUUGAAAAUGUUCACCCCAUGGUUGAAAAAUCCCCUGGAGAGUGCGUCCGUACUCUUGUGAUUCGAAAAUGCAUACCCCACAGUCGCCAUUUCAAAACACCUCAAGCUACUGAAUCUGUUUGCACUCCACCCCCGUCAAGUAAUUCUACUGGACAACCUUCAGCUAAGGUCACAUCGAAUCUGAGUGACGCCUACCCUGAACUCUUUGAUUUCAAGUCCAUAGACGUUCGAGUUCUGUCUCGGCCAAAGAAAGUUAUAUCCAGAUUGGUUAGAGAACGUAUGAGAUGCUGGCAAGCGGAUAGAGAUCGUGCUGAAGGUGUGAAUUUGAGAUUGCCAAGAUUUCCGGUUCUUGCGAAUACGGAAAGUGGUAAAAUCAGUGAUAGGCAAUCGACCCCCUCUGAAAAGCCUUUGGGACCAUGCAAUGUGGAUGAAUAUAGCUGGAAACGCGCUAGUCAGGAUCUGAAAACGAAGUCGUCGCGUGGUAAAGUAAAAACCGUAUCAGCGAUUCCAGUAGUUGGUCAGUUAAUUGAACCUCAAAUGAGCCCGGGACUUUGUGGACCACUUAUUUCUGAAACUAAAGAACCGAGCCAGGUAGAACUCAGCCUAUUGGCGACUGUACCAAACGUGAAAUCACCCAAGCAACUAUCUCCACCGAUUGAAACUCUGCCUUCCUUCAAAGAUCGAAUGCGCUUCUUUGAAAUGGCUCGCUAA